AGAAAGGGGGGGGGGGGGGGUAUGAGAGGGUCCUCGGGGAAUCCAUGGUGCUACUUUUUGGUUAUUUUCCAAAGAUUUGAUGGCCAUAAGGCCCUUCCACUUCACCCUCUCCCACCACCACCGCCAUAAUCACCACCUUCAUCUCCACAGGCACUUCCUCUCUCUCUUUUGGACACCACCUCUUCCUCCCUCUUCUUUCUCCCUCUUCCCUCAUCAACCUCCAUCAUCCCCCUUCCUCAGUCUCCGCCUCCUUGCCUCUUCAGCCACCUCGCUCUCUCGCUCAAAGCAGCAGCAGCGGCAGCAGCAAAACCCUCACCAACAGUAUAAACCUCCUUCUCCCCACCCCCUCCGCCCGCUGCCCACACCCUCGGAAACCCUGGCGCAGAAAAUCGGCAAAUCCAUCCGCCGCCCUGGCGCCCCCUCCAAGGCUAGGGUUUACGCCGAUGUUAACGUAGUUCGCCCCAAUGAGUACUGGGACUACGAGUCCCUCACCGUCCAAUGGGGGGAGCAGGAUGAUUAUGAGGUGGUGAGGAAGGUUGGGCGGGGAAAAUACAGUGAAGUGUUUGAGGGUGUUCACUGUAUCGAUAACGAGAAAUGUGUAAUUAAAAUUCUCAAACCGGUAAAGAAGAAGAAGAUUAAGAGGGAGAUAAAGAUACUACAGAAUCUUUGCGGUGGGCCUAAUAUUGUGAGGCUGCUUGAUAUUGUUAGAGACCAACAAUCGAAGACCCCAAGUCUUAUAUUUGAAUGUGUGAACAAUACAGAUUUUAAAGUGCUUUACCCAACAUUCUCUGACUAUGAUAUUCGGUAUUACAUCUAUGAGCUACUGAAGGCACUGGAUUACUGUCACUCACAAGGCAUCAUGCAUCGAGAUGUGAAACCCCAUAAUGUAAUGAUUGAUCAUGAACAGCAUAAGCUUCAUCUUAUAGACUGGGGCCUUGCAGAGUUCUAUCAUCCUGAGAAAGAAUAUAAUGUCCGUGUUGCUUCAAGAUAUUUUAAAGGUCCUGAGCUCCUUGUGGAUUUGCAAGACUAUGAUUACUCCUUAGAUUUGUGGAGCCUGGGUUGUAUGUUUGCUGGAAUGAUAUUCCGCAAGGAGCCAUUUUUCUAUGGGCAUGAUAAUCAUGAUCAGCUGGUGAAAAUAGCCAAGGUACUGGGGACAGAUGAAUUAAAUGCUUAUCUCAACAAAUACCGAAUAGAGUUAGAUCCUCAACUUGCAGCGCUUGUUGGAAGGCAUAGCCGGAAACCCUGGACGAAGUUCAUUAAUGUUGAAAAUCAACAUUUGGCGGUUCCUGAGGCUGUUGACUUCGUAGACAAGCUGCUACGAUAUGAUCACCAAGAGAGGCCUACUGCAAAAGAAGCAAUGGGCCAUCCGUUUUUUUACCCAAUAAGAAAUGCAGAAAGCAGCAGAACUCGUACCCAGUAGUAGGUGCUUGUCAAGAUAUGGUCUUCUUUUUCUUUGUCAGGACCCUGAAUCUGUAAACUCAGUAUGGGUCAGAUUUAGGAUGGCGUGCCAUGUUUUAAUGGAACCGUCAAUUUAUUGAAUAAUUCUAUAAUAUAUGGCUAAUUAGAUUUGUUUAAA